UUUCCCCAACCAACGAGAUGCGGCGGGGCGGGCGGGGCUCGGAGCGCUUAACUGACAAGUGCGGCGAGGCCAAUGGGAAGCUGCGGCUGAUGGGGCGGGGGCCAAUCGGGGGGGACGCCGGUGAGCGCGAGGCUCCUGCGCGAGGGGGGUGGGCGUGGCCAAGAGGGCGAGAGCCCUCAAUCAGGUGAGAGGAGGCGUUGACGGGCGUGAGCGGCGGCCAAUCGCGGCGAGGAGUCGGGCCGCCCCUCCCCUCCCGCCGCCGAAGCUGCCAGAGAGUCAGGUGGCUCCGGGAUGCGCGGUCGCGGCGGCAGGUGGAGGCGGGCGGGGAUGCGGCGGCGGCCCGGCGGCACGCGCUGCCUGCCCUCACCCCUUCCCGCGCUGGGCUGAGGCGGCUCCGGGCCGGGCCGCGGCGGCGGCACCUGCUGCCGGGCGGCGCCGGGCCGCAUGAACAAUAGGCGGCGGUACCGGCCCCGCCGCCCCCCGCAGUGCUCGGCUGCCGCGGGCGCCUCCCCCUAUGGAGCAACCUCGCCAUGGAGCCCCUCACAGCGCUCAGCCAGGAGGGCGCGGGCGGCGGGGAGCCGCCGGGCGGCGGGCCGCUCUGGACGGCCGUCUUCGAGUACGAGGCGUGCGGCGAGGACGAGCUGAGCCUGCGGCCGGGAGACGUGGUGCAGGUGCUGUCCCGGGACUCGCAGGUGUCCGGCGACGAGGGCUGGUGGACGGGGCAGAUCGACCAGCGCGUCGGCAUCUUCCCCAGCAACUACGUGAGCAGCGGCGUGCAGGGGGGCGGCCCGGAGCUGCGGGCCCGCUACCCGCCACCCCCCGCUAUACAACUCUUGGAGAUCGACUUCUCAGAACUUGUUCUGGAGGAAAUCAUUGGCAUAGGUGGCUUCGGAAAAGUAUAUCGAGCUGUGUGGAUAGGAGAUGAGGUUGCUGUCAAGGCAGCUCGCUAUGACCCUGAUGAGGACAUCAGCCAGACCAUUGAGAAUGUCCGCCAAGAAGCCAAGCUCUUUGCAAUGUUAAAGCAUCCCAACAUCAUUGCCCUUAGGGGCGUGUGUUUGAAGGAACCUAAUCUUUGCUUGAUCAUGGAGUUUGCCCGUGGAGGAUCGUUAAAUAGAGUGUUGUCUGGUAAAAGGAUACCUCCUGACAUUUUAGUGAACUGGGCAGUACAAAUUGCAAAAGGAAUGAACUACCUGCACGAGGAAGCAAUUGUUCCUAUAAUUCACCGUGACCUGAAAUCCAGCAACAUACUGAUACUCGAAAAGGUGGAAAAUGGAGAUCUGAGCAACAAGAUAUUGAAGAUCACGGAUUUCGGCUUGGCCAGGGAAUGGCAUAAAACUACCAAAAUGAGUGCAGCUGGGACAUAUGCCUGGAUGGCUCCUGAGGUCAUCCGCUCCUCCAUGUUCUCCAAAGGCAGCGAUGUGUGGAGUUAUGGUGUGCUGCUUUGGGAGCUCCUAACAGGGGAAGUGCCAUUCCGAGGAAUUGAUGGUCUUGCAGUAGCCUACGGUGUUGCCAUGAAUAAGCUUGCUCUUCCAAUCCCUUCCACAUGUCCGGAGCCUUUUGCCAAACUCAUGGAAGAUUGUUGGAAUCCUGACCCACACUCACGACCUUCCUUUGCCAGUAUCCUAGGCCAUCUCACCGCCAUAGAAGAGUCUGGUUUCUUUGAAAUGCCCAAAGAUUCCUUCCAUUCCCUUCAGGAAGACUGGAAACAAGAGAUCCAAGAGAUGUUUGAUCAGCUCAGAGCCAAAGAAAAGGAGCUUCGCACCUGGGAAGAAGAGCUGACUCGUGCUGCUGUUGAACAGAAGAACCAUGAGGAGUUGCUCCGAAGGCGGGAACAGGAGCUGGCAGAACGUGAGAUUGACAUCCUGGAAAGGGAGCUCAACAUCAUCAUCCACCAGCUGUGUCAGGAGAAGCCUCGGGUGAAGAAACGCAUGGGGAAGUUCAAGAAGAGUCGGCUCAAGUUAAAAGAUGGCAAUAAUAUCAGCCUGCCUUCAGAUUUCCAGCAUAAAUUCACUGUGCAGGCUUCUCCAACAAUGGAUAAAAGGAAGAGCUUGAUCAGUAGCUGCUCCAGCCCUCCUGCAAGUCCUACCAUUAUUCCCAGACUCAGGGCCAUACAGUUGACUCCUGCUGAAAGCAGUAAAACAUGGGGACGAAACUCAGUCCUUCCAAAGGAGGAAGGAGAGGAAGAAGAGAAGAGAGGCCAGAAGAAAAAAGGACGCACCUGGGGACCGAGCUCACUUUGUCACAAGGAGCUAGGUGCAGGAGAGGAUGGUCUGAAAGCUCUGGUAGAAGGAUACAAACAGUGGUCAUCCAGUGCACCAAACCUAGGGAAGAUCCAGAGAACUGCGCCUGCUUUUCCAGGAUUCACCAGCUUAGCAGAGAUGGAUGAUGAAGACAGUGAAUGUCUUAAUGGGGAGGGCAAAGUACACCCUUCACCUGGGCACAACCAGUCAUACCUCUGCAUCCCGUUUCAGAAGAAUGAUGACUGGGAUGGGCCUUCUAGUGAUGCCAAUGAUGAGUCCACCCCUGUGAACUCUGCUACGAGCACCCCGCAGCUGACACCCACCAACAGCCUCAAACGUAGUGGCUCCCACCACAAACGAUGUGAGGUUGCCUUGCUUGGCUGUGGAGCGGUUCUGGCUGCUGCAGGCCUGGGGUUUGAUCUACUAGAAGCAGGGAAGUGUCAGCUACUGAUCGAAGAGGAGCCAGAGCCACCCAAGGAAGAGAAGAAAAAACGUGACAGCAUUUUCCAGCGAGCUGGACGCCCACGCAGGAGCACUAGCCCUCCUUCUCGAAAAAUUUUCAAGAAAGAUGAGCCCAUGUUGUUGCUUGGCGAGCCAUCCACAUCCCUCACCCUUCUUUCCCUGUCUUCCAUUUCCGAAUGUAAUUCCACCCGAUCCCUGCUGCGCUCAGACAGUGAUGAGAUUGUGGUAUAUGAAAUGCCUGUCAGCCCUGUGACAGUCAAGGCUCCCUUGCCAGCCAUUAACAACCCACUAGUUAAUGUCCAGAUUGAGAGAUUCAAACAAGACCCCAACCAGUCCCUCACUCCCACACAUGUGACGGUCUCUUCCCACACCCAACAAGGCGGGCACAGGCGCACACCUUCUGAUGGGGCCAUCAAAGGGACUGGACUAGUUGUCAAUGGGUGCCCAACCAGUGGAUGCCCUUCCAGUAGCUGUUUAACUGGAGCACUGGGAGCAGGUGUAUUAAAAACACCUAGUCCAAGUAGAGAUCCAAAUGAGGUCCCUCGCCUGCCAGACCCCAACCUUGUUUUUCCUCCAACCCCGAGACGAUGGAAUGCACAGCAGGACCCCACGCUGGAAAGACCCAAGACGCUGGAGUUCCUGCCUCGGCCUCGGCCCGCAGCCAGCCGGCAGCGGCUUGAUCCCUGGUGGUUUGUGUCACCCAGCAAUGCCAAGGGUGAAUCUUCUGCCAACAGUUCAAGUACUGACACUCCAAGCAAUUUGGACUCUUGUUUUGCUAGUAGCAGCAGCACUGUAGAAGAGAGGCCUGGACUUCCUGCACUGCUUCCUUUCCAGGGGAGUCAUCCUGUAGAGGAGCGGACACUGUUGGACAUAGAUGCUGAGGGACAGAGCCAAGACAGCACCAUUCCGCUAUGCAGAAGUGAACUUAACACACACAAAGCUGCAGCAUAUGAACUCAAGCAAGAAUUCUGGUCUUAGUAUGAAAUUCACUCGGGACAGUAAGCCCCACUAAAUUCAAUUCUACUUUUUGCACUGAGAAUGCACUUUGAAGACAGAUGAGAUAGAGAUGCUACGGAGAUCGUAUGGUGCUGCCUCUGCUGAAGAUGUUGUUCGACUGCCUGAUUGUUGUCUGCAGUUGGGUGUAAUUUUGCAACUCAGAGCUGCUGACUUUGCUGUGGGGUUUUUCUGUAGUCUUCCCUGUCAUCUUAUUGCAGUUUGUAUCUGCAGUAAGCUAAAAUUAUCAUAUCAAAGUCUUUGUUACUGACCUUGUAGGAUUUGGCACUUGCAGUAAGUAUCUAUCCUGGUAUUCAUGAGUAUUUUCAAAACUCAAAUGCUAUAAUACAGCAGACACCAGUAUUUAUUUUCCCAAAAAUUCCAGGAAAGAAACAAGUAAAUAUCUGGAGACUACCUUCUUUGAAAUGUGUUGUUAGAUAGGCCUGGGAAUCGUCGUGCCCCCACUGAAGGAGCAGAAGUAGCGGUCUUAUACUUGCUUGCCCUGUUUUGUUCUUGUCCUAGCGUAAGGUGAAACAGAUUGCUGAGGAAGGCCGUGGCACCUCCGUUGGUGGAGGUCUCAGAGAAGAGACUGGAUGGUUGGGAAUGAGUAGAUGUAGUUGGUCCUGGCUUCAAGGAAGGGUGGGUGGACUUCAGUGAUCUCUUGAGGUCCCUCUCAGCCCUGUUUUUCCAUGACCCUUUGCUUUCAAAACAGUGAAUGGGGGUGUUAUUACUACUUUAGCCUGUUUCUUGUUUCUAGCUGUGGUUCCAUUAGCCUCCUUUUCUCCCCCUGUAUCACAGACUCUUAGUUGAGCUGCCUCAGCUUUGGGAGGGAAAUUGACAGAAACUUUUUUUAAAGCUGUGUUGGCUCACAGAAGUAAGUUAUGUCCCCUCAUUCUUUCUUCUUCCUGUUUCUCUGCCUUUCUUGUGCUUUUUAGGAGUGGCCCUGUAAACCCAAAAUGGUUCCUGUGCACACUGCUACUCUUUCAAUGCUCUUUUGAAAUUGAGACUUGUGUUGUUAGUAGUUGGAUUGUGCAAAUAGGAAUCAGAACAUCUGGAUUCUGUCUUCUUUAGUCACUGACUAACUGUGUGACCUUGGGCAAAUAAUGUAACCUCUCUGUGCCUGAAUUUCCCCAUCUGUAAAUAAUAGGGAUGAUACCUACCUCACAAGGGGGGGGUGGGACCUAUGUAAUAUGUACAAAGUCCUUUGAGAUCUUUGCGUGGAAGGCAGUAUAGACAUGAAAAACAUUUGUUCAAAUUCAUAAAAGCUCUUACUUUGUCAAGGAAGACCAGGUAAGACAACCUCCUGUCUUGAAGGGGGAGAUCACACAACUAGCGUGUGCAUAUGCUCAGUUUUCUUCAGAGACUGCAAAUGUGUCUGUGCCCCCAGCAAGUCUGUGUUAUUGGGUUUAAUGAGAGCUUCACUUGUUCCCAGUUUUGGCAUUAUAAAUAAGAGAUGUGGCCUUUUACAGGAGUGGUAGGGUAGUCUGCUUUAUUGCAGGAUACAGCUUAUCUGUUCACUCUUCUUGUACAGAUCUCUGCUCAUUUUGCUAAUCUACUAAUCAUUUGGGUGCAAAUAACUGAUUUGGUAGUGCUGCCACUGCUGUGACCAGCCUGCCAGGGAAGUCCAGUCCUGUUGUGGAGGCACUGUAGAUGAAUACUUUAUUGCAGCAGCACAGAGAGUGUAAGUGUUUAGAUGUUUAUAACCUUAAUGUUAAAAACCAGCAUGUGUGGGGAAGUACUCUCCUUAGUUAUUUUAAUUCAGUUUGAGGGCUAAAAGCAUCGUGUUGCCGUUGGUCGAGUGUACCUUCUUAGCAAGCAAACGUAGUAUGUUACCAUCAAGAAAAGUCAUGUACUUCUUGUUCAUCACAUUCCACAAAAUUUGUUUAAUGGCUGAAUUACUUUUUGCUGCCUACUCCACUGAAGUCUCCAGAGCUAGCCUUAAUGAUGCUACACUAGCUGCUAAGGCUGGAUAGAGUGUUGACUGUGUAGACAAGGUACUCUGGUGUGUGGCAAAGAAACUUAAAAAGAAAACUUGAUGUUUCUGGCACUUUUGUUAAAUGUAAACCUCCAGCAUUUUUUUUAAAAUUUCUUAUAUGUUCAUCCUUUUGUUUUCCAUUUCUGAAACCUCAAUGUGUUUUUGAUCCAGGAACUUUAAAAACAAACACCAGCAAAAAGCACCUCAAGGGAAGCCUGAUCAGAAGUUGUGUCAGAAGAACGUAAAGCAAGGCAUUAAAACUAUCUAGUUUUCACAGUCUCCCUUACCCUUUUUGAAAGUCUGAGACAAAACUGGAUCGGCUGUUCUUUCUAUGCAAAAAGCAUUAUUCCAAAGUUAUGGGAAGCAGCAUCUGCUCUGCGAAGACAUAGUCUAGAAUUGCUGUUUUGCGUAGGAAAGUUAAUGAAGUACCAGAAUCCCUUCUCUCUCACUUUUAGAUAACCACUUGGUGAAGGUGAUGAGUAGCUAACCAUAGGAUUAUUUUGUGCCAAAGGGCAUCUGCCCUAACACCGAAUGGAUAGCAGAUGAACUGGAUGACACUGGUGACAAAAAGACAUGGAUCCAGAUCAGGGUUUCUAGCUUAGAUAUUCUCUGUUACAAAGCUGCUAGAAAGACAGGAUAGGAACAUAGUUUUCUAAAUGCUCCUUAGAUGCAAUUAUAAUUGAAUCUAGCACGUGAGAUAAAACGGAGUAGUGUCUGAGCAUCAACCCCUAAAUAAGCUUUCCAGUUUGGAUCUCUGUGACAUACCUGAGGGUACCAAGCAAGAGGAAUCUGUUGUAAAACAAAGCUGUUUGCUUUAGCAAGUGGUGGGAUAUUUUCUGACAGGCAGAGGGCUCUCAAGGCAAAGAGUUGUCAAGUGUUUUACUGUAUGCAUCCUGAAAGCUGUUGCCUCUGGUGUCUUGAGGCCCAGAGGCCAUCUGAGUGUUAAAGCUAGUUUGUAACCUUUUCAUUUAUCCAUCUAUCCUGUACUGGCUUGAUUACUGUCCUGCUUUGAUCUGUUUUCUUUUCCUUCCCAGCUGUAGGUGCUGAGGUGCCCCAAAUCUCCAAAAGAGCUUCACUGUAGUCCACUAUAUACCAAGAAAAUCUGAGCCAGUCAAAAAGCUCACGCACCUUUUUUAUCUACUGGCUUCCAUUGUCAGUGCGACAAAAGUUUGAUAAUGUUAUUGAAACACCUGCUAGCAGAGUUCUUGAGGAAAAUGGAGAAAAUCUUACUAUAAAAAUAAAUGUUUUUUUCCAUAAAUAACUGAAUAAGUUGCACUUUCUGCUGAGAAACUGAGAAAAAGAGAACAUGAGAGCACUAAUUACUGAGCAGCCUAAAACAAUGAUAAAAGAAUGGAGUAAAAUGUGUUAAUGUCAUUACAGAGCUCACAAAGAAAUGACAUUUUGUAACUGGUACUAAGAGUAAUAAGGUUGUUGCUGUGAAAUACAUUUUUCAGAUUUGGAAAUACAUACAUAUUUUCUUUUAAAUAGUUGACUGGCAAUAUAUAUAUAUAUCACUAAUUUAUGUAACUGAUUUAGGGAUUUAGAAUAUGUUUGCCAGCUCUUGAAAAUAUGCUAUCUAGCAGUCUGCCUGUUUUUCCUGUAAAAUUGUGCAAAAAAUUACUUUUUUUUUAAAAUAGAUUUCUACUGGUUUCACAGAACUUGAAUGUGGGACAGGUAGAGAGAAGAAAGCUUUUGUGUCAAAACUAAAGCGAUAAUAGUUAUGGAUUUUUUCUAAUAUUGUUGCUUCCUAUGGACUGCACAAUGCUCUGUUUCACCAUCAAGUAGAUCUUAUCUCCUUUGAGCCUUUUCAAAGGUGCAAAUGUAACUUUGUAUAGGUACCCUUUUUCCAUCAGAUUAUUACUGCAGAGGAUUGAUAUUCAGUAUGGGGCAGGGAACCUCAGUGAAAAUAUUCUUUUUGUAAUGGUUUUCUAACAAAAUGAGUAUUUUCAAAGUAAAAUUUUAAUUAGUUAUGUGGAAGGACCUGCUCUGGUUUGGCAUGCUUUUAUGAUGUAUUUUUCUGUAUCUCUAGGAAUGGGAGUAGUUUCCUUCCUCUUCAUAGCGUGCUGUUUAUCUUAAGACUUAUGGACAGUGCUGCAUAGAGAUGUUACUGGAUGAAACUGGAUACCUCUCAUUCUGCUGAAGGUGAGGCAGUAAUGGUCAAGUAAAGAGAGGUCUUUGCCAUUUGGAGUGCUUUAUUAAAUAGAAAAUGACAGGAAACCUCCAAACUUGAACCACCCAUCUGUCUUUUAUCUUAGUUUUAUUUGAACUUAAUUCAUUUCUAUGGAGUGAAUAUGGGAUCUGGAGACCCAUUAGAUGUAUGGAACCAAACCUAAUUACUGUAUCCCAGAAUUCAGUGUUAGCAUGUUACUUUUGUAAGUGAUUUUAAGCUAAUGUUAAUGUUUUUUUCUUUGGGUUUUUUGAAACUUUUCUUCUUGGAAAAAGAUUCUUAUUACUUUCUAAUGUUUUCCAUGUGUUUUGGAAAUAUUCUUAAGAACUCUAUCAACUCUAUGGAAAAUAGGAAGGCUUGCACAGUGACAUAGAAACAUGAAACGAGGGAACAUUUAGAAAUGAAAAUUUCUGAUCCCUUUUGCUACAGGAUAGUUGCUUUGCUUCUGUAUUUAUAACUUACUUAAGGCUAUAAUUUGGGUAAAACUGGAUGCUAACAGUGACGGGAGAGGCAUAUGUUAAAAUACAUAUUUGCAAACAAGCAAUAAAUACAGCGUGUGCACAAACAAAACCGAAACAUACUCAUGCUGUCACAAAGAAUAACUUUAUGACUUUAUAAGCAUUUUGGUUCUUUAUAUAAUUGAGGUAUCUUUAAGAAGGAAUGCCUUCCUAUGUUUUUCUUUAUAGUUUACUUUGGUAAGAUUAUAAUAAGAUGCUUGGCACAGGUGCUGGUCUUGCAUCUAGCCGGACAGAAUGGAUUUUUAACCAAAUGCUUAUUUUUUUUAUUUCCAUAUCUAGUCUGUGGUUUAGACUUUCCUAUUUCUUUUGGUUAGCAAACAAGUGUCUUAAGAAAAACUUGUUUUUUCAGCUCUGCUUUCACAGUUUCACAAAGCAGUACCAAAAUGCAUUUAUGGCUUACUUUGCUACUCCGUCUUAUAAAUACGCCAGUAGAAUGUCACAUGCUAUAGUUUUAAUGUUCAUUUGCUUUUGUUUUUUUCUCAUGCUCAGCUUUUUAAAGCAGCAUUACCAUUGGUCAGAGAUUAAUGCAGCUUCUGAAGUCACCCACAUCAGCUUUAUUUUUGUAUGUUAAAAACAGUCAUUCCCAGCCUAAGAAGUAUGCGCUUGAUUAUAAGGUAAUUUCCCACUGGUGACCAGGUGGUGGGUCUCAUACAGCUACCAGAAUUCUUAUUGUACCUCUCUAACAAGGAUCUCCCUUUUUUUUUCCCAGUAGAAAACACUUCAUCAGUGUUGUGUACAAGAACCACUUUUCACCUCUUUCUGUAUAUGAGUAAAAGAAUCUUCUUUUUCUUUGUUUCCAAAUGACAAGGACCAUCGUUUUACCUACUGAGUGUGGCUAAUUGGGCUGGUCUUUUUUAAGCCUGUGAAUUACAUCUGUGCGUUUUAGGUGCAUCCUGUAUUGCUAGGUGCCUUCUAUUUCACAUGCGUCCUUGCUAGGGCCUUAGGUUGUUUUCUGGAAGGAACUCUUGGUUGUAGCUUUUAGUACUGUAGUUUUCUUCAUCAUACAUCAGGCCAAACACCAGCACUGCAAACAUUUCAUGUCUUUCAAUUUGCUGACUUGUGUAUACCCUUGUGGAAACAAGUGUGCUAUUGCUAACUCUCCUUAUCUCUCAAUUAGAAUUCUAAAUACAUGAUUCCAUGGCUGUCUCUAUCCCAUCCUUGUCAGUUAUUCGUUCUUGUUGCCAUAGUAUUUUGGGGCCCAGGACAGAAACCAACACUUGUUUUAUCUGAGCUUUGACCUAAAACAUUCUCAAGGUAGAAGCAUAAAACACAAACAGAGAAGUGAAAGGUGGAAGUUAGCAGAAAAUAACUAAUAUAAGGGUGAAAUUAUCUAUCUCACUGUAGUAAACAGCAGUCAGAGGACAGACGAUACUAGCUGCUUUGUAAUCUAUUGGCGUCAUAGUUAAAUUGAGUCCUAAAGAAGGAUUUGAGGAUUGUACAGUGACUUUGUUUCUGGUUGGUUUGCUUUAUUUUACCCUGAGCUACCUCAUUUAUAGAGAUGAAGUGGGAAGAGAGGAUAAGUUCUAAGAAUUGCUCUAGAUAAACAAUUGAGGCUAGAAUAGUGAGAGCACGGAGGAAAACACUUGUAUUUGGCUCUGUGACAUUCAAAUCCUUAUGGAAAAAUAAAACCAGCUGUUCAGUUCCAAAAAUUAAGAUUGUACUUCCUUUUACUAUGUAGGUCUCCAAAAUAAUAAAUAACAAGCACAGGGUAUUUUUCCUGAUUGUUUUUGACCUGUGGAUGAGCUGAAUUUCCAUUCUAAAAGGUGAUAAUUUUGUAUUGGUCACUGCUGCUUUUAAAGGUGAAAGUAUGUUUUUUGAGAACAGAUUUUUUUUUUCUAAAUAAUCUCACGUGAGUCUAUAUGCGAUCUUGUUUCCCUCAUAUUUACUCUAGUUUUCCUAAUAUCAUAGAAUCAUAGGAUCCUUAGAGUUGGAAGGGACUCUGACAGCCAUCUAGUCCAACACCCCUGCAGUGAACGUGGUCCACAGCUAGAUCAGGUUGCCCAGGGAAUAUAUCUGAUUCUAAUACAGUUCUUAUAUCUGAAUGCUCAUAAUGUGCAGACAGUCAAUUAUAGCUAAUAUUAAGAAACCAUGACACGCUUUUAGUGUGUAAUGUAGUGGAUUUUUCUGCUCAGCUUGAACUGGGCUACUGAUAGGUCUGUAGCUGAUGGGGUCAGAUGGAUGCACAGCUAACAAGUGCAGACCUAGAACAAAUCUGCAGUAGGAAUGACAAAGUUGCAUUUGCUUAGAAAAAGAUAUUUGGAAGAUAAUAAUGCCGGGGAAAAAUGUCUCUUCAUUAUUCAGAAGUACUUCUCUAGGAUCUUGUCCUUGCUUGAAUUUUAACUUCCAUAGAGCGGGAGCCCGUGGUUUUUAAUAAAAAAAAAAAUUGUUGACUGAAGCCCCAGCAUAAGACUAAGAUAAAGUAUUUAUUUAUGUUAUUUAGGAAUGAUUGACACUGUCUCCUUGCCCUUCCUUGAUUGUUCCAAUGUGGCAUUUUCUCAAGAAUAAAUGCUUAGUAAAACUAUCCUUCUUGUCUUGAAGCAGGAGGAGAGAUACGUGAGUUGGGGAAAAAAGAAUCAUUGUUAUAGCCAUAUCCUAAUGCAUUUCCUUAUCCCUUUCCUAGCAGCGGAGGUUAUAGUGGAGCAGGAAGACAUACCAAUGUUUUUCCAGGCUUCAUUGGUAAGGACGCUGCUAUCAUGAGAUUUCAGCAUAUAAACUAACAAGUUCUUUGGGAAGCCUUGUAUUUAGUUUUUGUUGUUGAGUUUCAAAACAAACAUGUCCUCUGAUUACUACUUGGCGUUGCUCAAUUGCGCAUUUAUCUUCUUGAGUUUGACUGCAGUUGGAGAAGAACUGAACUCUUUCUUCAAGUUCUUGUGGAUGUGGCCACUUUUUAACUCUGCGGGUAAAGUAAGGUGAUGUUUUCUCCUAGUCCCAGUUUGCAUCACAAAAUGAGUUGUCUCUCCUGACUAAUUGUCCAGAUAUUCAUAGUAGGCUUGUAUUUCUGCCUUGCAUGCUUUAGUGAGCGGCUCUUAAAAUGUCAGCAUGGUUAGCAUUUGUGUCUGAAUAGGGCAGCUAAUACCUCUGAGCUGAUUUUUCACACUGCAUCUCAAGCAGAUGUUAUUGCAUUAGUUCUGCCAUUGCUCGGUUUUCAAGGUUAUCUUGGCAACCGUAACAUUCAGAAAUCCUAGACUAUAAAGAAUAAAGCAGCAGAAAAAAAGAAAACAUACCAAUGCUUGCCAGUUGAACAGCUGCAUUUUGCCAGUGGUCUUUGCAGAGAGUAAAAACCAUUCUUGUGCAGCGUAGGUCUCUGAGAGACAGCUAAAUUCCAAGUGGAGAAUGUACCUGUAUCUGUUUAAUGUCAGUAGGCACCAGUGCAUCUCAUAUUUGGCAGUUUUUAUAUGAAACCAUGUAAAGCCAAAAACAUCUAGUAGUAAAAGUUUAUAUGUAGGGUACUGUGUUCUAACUUGAAGGGGAGGAGGCCUCAAUUCAAGAAAGCAUACUUAAACUUUGCUGAAAUCAGUGGAAUGUAUCUGUGGGGCUAAAUGCACGAAACCCCAAGUCAGCAAAGCUAUUGUGAUCUGAUCUGGGGGGGUUGUCUUAGACUAAUGGUGAAGGACCAGUCUCCAUGUUUUGUCAGAGGAAAUUCCUUCACAAGCCUUUAGGUAAAUGCAGGCUUGAUUUUCUCUGACUUGUGUGGCCUUUCCAUGCCUGCAUUUGCCAUCCUGUUUCAUCGCUAGUUCUUACCAUAAGCAGGGAAAGCUUUGAGAAUAUUUUCAGACACAGGAGAGAUCAAUAACUUCUGCACUAGCAGAUUGCUAGCUUCAGAGGGGGCAGUAAGUGGUGUGUGGAGGCUGUGUGUACAAACUUUGAUUUAACCUGAGGUCUUUUCUCAGGGUUUUUUCAUUUCAGAAAUGCAUCCUUCCAGAUUAGUGUACAGACCUGACAAAUUUGGAAGUGAUCAAUGUCUACCAUUAUUGUUAGGGUUCUUGGAUUCUUGCUUGUCAGCUGUUGGACCAGCACUUUGUGCUAGUAUAUGUGACUUCUCUGUCAUAAAUUCAGAACAAACUGGGAAUAUUGGAGAUAUUUUGCCUGACUUCAGUUGAGAGGCUUACAUGGAGUGGGGAGGGCAAUGGUGGUGGAAAAAUCAGGGAAACUACCUGUGAUUUUAACAGUGUCUCUUCUGUGGCUUUGAAAAGUCUGAGUUUCACAGCCAGAGAAUGUAUUUCCUCCCUCUUUUUAUAAGCUACAUCUUUCUUUUGCCUUAUUAAUUGUGGUUCUGUUCCUGCUUCUGUUUAAAGCCAGUUGCAAAAAACAGUGACCUGAAUUUCCUAGGUACAAUGUCAAAUCUGAAGAACCAGGUGAGUAGAUUACUCUAGUGUAAGAUCGUAUGCCCAUGUCCAUUCUUUUGAGGUAUGGGAUAGUUCCUGCUUGUGUUGAAAUCCCUGUGUGGAAAGUGUUAGGUACUUUGUAAGGAGCUCCAAACUCUGCAGGACUGGGAUUCAUCUGAUGACUUAAGUAUUUCAGUCCAUUUUUGGAGACCUCUGUAUGUCUUCUGUUUAUGGUGUUCAAAAGUCUGUUACUAUGGAAGUAGCACCUGAAGGUGUGUUUUGCCCGAAGAACCUGCAAUGAAACAGUUGCAUUAGCAAAUGGUAAUGUACCCCAGAGUUGAGUAAAAUAACAGAGGCCACCAAGGUUUUUCUUGUUUGUGUGAUGAGAUGUCGUCAAAUGAAGUGAUUUGUUGGAGCCUUCCUUUAACCUCUGUACAGCAGUAAGCUUAGGGGAAAAUAAGAUUGCAUUAUUUUUUAAAAAGCUUUAUUUGUGACCUGGCUUUGUUGCCUCUGACCCUCUUGGGCUUAAAUAGUUAAAUUAUAUUAAUGUCCAGUUUGUUUCACUGUAGGUAACACAUCAAUUGAAUACUCUUGUGCAUAAUCUACUGUAUCUUUCCUCUGUUCUGUGUCAAUGUAUUAUGUGUAUUUGGAUUACAGUUCUUUUUUAUUGUAUUAAAUUAUUUUAUGUUAUAGAACAAUAUUUAAGCAAAGCAAAGAGCUAAUUAAAGUUGUUGGCGUUUUGGGAUUUUUUUUUCUCUUUGCAUUUUUUUGGAUGUACUGUAAAUUGUAAACCAAGGAUGCCAAGCAGGCUUGGUUCAAUGGCUAAAAUUAUUGUAUUACAGUGUAAUGCUGAUCUAGGCCUUGUCUCAACACUAGAGCACACAGACUUGAAUAAAACUGUUAUAAAAGUGA